AUGGCACAUCCCUCACAAUUAGGAUUCCAAGACGCGGCCUCCCCUGUUAUAGAAGAACUUCUUCAUUUCCACGACCACGCUCUUAUGAUUGUUCUUCUUAUCAGCACACUAGUGCUUUAUAUCAUCGUAGCAAUAGUCUCUACCAAACUUACUAAUAAGUAUAUCCUUGAUUCUCAAGAAAUUGAAGUCGUUUGAACUAUCCUCCCAGCUGUAAUCCUCAUUCUCAUCGCCCUCCCCUCCCUCCGAAUUCUCUAUCUUAUAGAUGAAAUUAACGACCCGCACCUUACUAUUAAAGCAAUGGGCCACCAAUGAUAUUGAAGCUAUGAAUACACUGACUACGAAGACUUAGGCUUUGACUCUUACAUAGUCCCUACACAAGAUUUAGUGCCCGGCCAAUUCCGUCUUCUAGAAACAGACCAUCGAAUAGUUGUCCCUGUAGAAUCCCCAAUCCGAAUCCUCGUUUCAGCUGAAGACGUCCUUCACUCCUGAGCCGUUCCUUCCUUAGGUGUAAAAAUAGAUGCAGUCCCAGGACGAUUAAACCAAACAGCCUUUAUUGCCUCUCGACCUGGAGUAUUCUACGGACAAUGUUCUGAAAUCUGCGGGGCCAACCAUAGCUUCAUACCCAUCGUUGUUGAAGCAGUGCCCCUGGAACACUUCGAGAAAUGAUCCACUAUAAUACUUGAAGAUGCCU